AUGGUGGCUGCGCCCUUUUCCAUCACCUCGGAAAGGCGCGGUUUCGCGAGCAGAAUGCGUUCGGGCUCCUCGAUUAUACGGAACUGGCACAAGUGCAAAAGAAGCGCGCGCACCAUAUCGACGCGCGAGGCGCCGAAUUUCACGCUCACGGCAGAGAUCACAUCAUUGAAGUCGGUCGAACGCGGAUACUUGGCGGCAAAAUCAGCCACUUUGCGCUUGUUGGGCGUCGGUGGCGCCUGCGGAUGCUCGCCAAAUGUCUCACUGACAUUUAUUGGCGUGACAUACUCGAGCGGCUUGACGAUGAAAUUGGGUUCGGCGCGCGCGAGUCGCCGAGUGCGCAUCUGCUUGUCUUGGGUCGAGAGCGUGUUGGCGCGAUUGAGCGCCGUUUUCACCGCGCGCCAUUCGUCGCCCGCACUGAGCCGCUGUUCAAGCAAGUUCUCUGCGCUUUUGCGCCGAAGCAUUUUGAAAAGGCGCGGCCGGUCAUCUUCGGGCGCUUCAUACUUGUGUCGCAUGAACGAGCCGGCGCUGGUGGCACUGAGCUCGGACAAGUUGAGCACGUCGCUCUGGAGAGAUUUGAGCGACGACUUGAGUUCUGAGCAGUGGAACACGUCGCGCGCAGGUUCUUGA